AUGUACUCGGCCUACGACCAGCAGGCGUCGCGGUCGCCGGGCUCGCACCGCAACCCGCAGCAGAGCAGCACCCUGCAUCGCAUGCCCUCGCGCCAGUUUGACGCCUACGCUCCGCUGCCGCAGUACGGACAGGAGGACCACGCAAGGAGCUACGAGCAGCCGCGCAACUACGACCGCCUGAAUGCCACCGUCCACGGCGGCGGGUAUGGCUAUGACAUGGGCGCACCUGCCGGCUGGAACGCGAAUGCCUUUGCACAGAACGGCAUGGGGUCGCUGGGAGGCGCUGCCGCCGCCCGCAUGAAGUCGCAGCAGCGCGGCGGAGGAGGAGGACGCAGCGCCCUGCCGUCGGUGAGUAGCCCCAGUACCGCACAGCACAUGCACAGGCACGCCAGUACUGACCAUGUGAUGCAGGGCUGGAUGGACCAGUCGCCCCAGGGCCUUCCGACCUUUGCCCUCCCCAGCAUGAACAACGGCAACGGCUCCAUGCUCAAUCCGAGCUAUGGACAGGACGUCGACGAAGAGCUCAUUCCCACCGCCAUUGUCAUCAAGAACAUUCCCUUUGCCGUGAAGAAGGAGCAGCUCGUGUCGCUCAUGACGGAUCUGCGCCUGCCCCUGCCCUAUGCCUUCAACUACCACUUCGACAACGGCGUCUUCCGCGGCCUGGCUUUCGCAAACUUCACCACCGCCGAGGAGACGGCCUCGGUCAUUGAUGCAAUGAACCACUUCGAGCUGAACGGGAGGAAGCUCCGCGUCGAGUACAAGAAGAUGCUGCCUCUGGCCGAACGCGAGCGCAUUGAGCGCGAGAAGCGUGAGCGCCGUGGCCAGCUCGAGGAACAGCACCGCCCGCUGGGUGGCGGUCUCCAGUCGCAGGCCUCUUUUGGUUCCCUCGCCUCCCACAUUCCCGCAUCCUCGCCCUCGCCCGUGUCUGGUAUGCGAGGCGCGCCCAAGAUUGAUGUCGAUUUGAAUGACCCUCAGGUCCUGCAGUUCUAUGGACAGCUACUAAUUUUCAAGGAGGAUCCGGCUCGUGACCAGAUGACCUUCCCUCCCAACCUAUCACCCCCUCAGCGCCGCAUCAUCCACACUCUCGCGCAUCAGCUGGCUCUCGCACACGUAUCCAAGGGAACUGGCGAGCAGCGACAGGUGCAUAUCUUCAAGGUCCAUGACAACCAAGGACUCAGCCCACCCAUGCCACAGAUGCCGAUGAGCCACUCCGGCGAGCAGCCAGGCCGCCGUGGUCUCAACCGCGCCGCAACCACUGACUUUAGUGACGUCCGUGAUGGAUUUUACAAUGCCUUUGGCGGUCGUCAGGCUUCGGGCCUAUUGGGCUUCCCCGACUCACCGGGAGGCCUGAACGCGGUGCCCAACCUCCGCGGUGCCAAGUCGUACGCCGACUUGCGAUCUUACACGCCCUCGCCUGCCCCUUCAACCGCUAGCCACCCUAUCGGCCGCCCUGGUGGCGUCUCCCUCGAGGGCCUUGGCUUCAGCGGUACCUCGACCAACCCGAGUGGCACCCCCACUGCAGGCUCAAUGUCCCAGCGUAACGAUGAGAUGCUCGAGCGCGAGAUGAGCCGCAUGCAGCUCAACAACUCUGGAUUUGGACAGAGCAGCAGCCCUCGCUCAUUGCGCCAGAUGACCUCCUGGGAGAACCCAGGCCCCAUCGGCGGCCAUCGCGCGUUUAGCAACGCCUAUGAUGACCGCCCCUCCAGGCAACCCCGUGGCCCGCUACCAGAACGAGGCCAGGGAUUCGGUCGCCAACGACAGAACGGCCACCAGAACCGUGGCAGUGAUGAACUCUCGUCGCAAUCCAACGUCGAAAUCCACGUGAACCAAUGA